AUGGGUGAUAAGUCAACACCUCUUUUAGCUGUUCUUCAAUUACUUCGUAAAUAUAAUUUAAAGGGAACUGAAGAGAUACUUAGAAAAGAAGCUAGCCUGGGGGAUGUUGAAUAUGAAAGUUUGGAUUUACCGGAGGUUGAAAUAGCAAGCAUUCUCACAGCACAUCACACUGAAAGUGAUCCUUACAGUUACGAGUUUGCAUAUGAUAGUCUCAAAAAAUUUAUUGAAAACUCGUUAGAUAUUUACAAGCAUGAAUUAUCAACACUUUUGUAUCCAGUAUUUGUGCAUAUGUAUCUUCUUUUAAUUUUGUAUGAUCAUACUGAACAUGCUGUAAAGUUCUUAGAAAAAUUUGGACCUGAGCAGGAGGAUUAUUAUCAAGAUGACUUAGCCAAACUAUCUAUUGUUAAAAGCAAAGAUCAAAUUAAAGGCAAUGAGUUAGCUGAAAUAUACAGCUCAAACAAAUUUGAGGUUCAGUUAUCAAGAGACGCAUCAGCUCAGCUUAAAAGAUUUUUACAGGAACAAAAGAGCUCCACGGUAAUAAUAAACAUUAUAAAUAACCAUAUUCAGAUAGAUGUACAUGAUGGUCCUGGGAGAACACAAGCCCAAGUCCGAGCCACUGCUGGCGGUCUCCUUGGAGAGGCUACAAAAAAUGAAAAUCGCACAAAAGUGUAUUAUGGUCUACUGAAAGAACCAGAUAUUCAAGUUCUACCGUUGCCGGUAGAAGAUGAAGAAGAAACUGAGGAAACACCUGACAAGCCUAAAAAGAAAAAGGCAAAAAAGGAUAACAUUUUCAUGAAAAAACCAAAAUCUGAUCCUAAUGCUCCACCAAAUGACCGGAUUCCUCUGCCAGAGCUAAAAGAAACUGAUAAAAUAGAGAAAGUUAAGGCAUUAAGAGCUAAGCGUGUACAAUUGGGUCCUGAUUGCUUACCAUCUAUUUGCUUUUAUACUCUUUUGAACAGUGGUAACACCGCCAUUUGUGCCGAUAUUUGUGAUGACUCCACUUUGCUGUCUGUGGGUUUUAAUAAUUCGACUAUAAAGGUGUGGACACUUACACCUGUUAGAUUACGUGGUAUGAAAUCCGCGGAAAAAUUGCAAGACAUCGACAGAGAGGCAGGGGAUGUUUUAGUUAGAAUGAUGGAAGAAAAGGAUAGAGACACAUGCCGUACACUUUAUGGUCAUUCUGGACCUGUAUACAAAGUUGGAUUUGACCAGUUUAAAACAAUGCUUUUAUCAUGCUCAGAGGAUUCCACAAUAAGACUUUGGUCGUUGCAAUGCUGGACCUGUCUAGUUGUAUACCGAGGACAUGUGUGGCCAGUUUGGGAUGUGAAAUGGUCACCUCAUGGCCACUACUUUGCUUCUAGUGGUCAUGACCGCACAGCAAGACUUUGGGCAACUGACCAUCAUCAGCCACUUAGAAUAUUUGCUGGACAUCUUUCAGAUGUUGAUUGUGUCCAAUUUCAUCCUAAUUCCAAUUACAUAGCAACAGGUUCUUGUGACAGAACCGUUCGAGUAUGGGAUUGUCUGACAGGGACUCAAGUUAGAAUCAUGACUGGACAUAAGUCCGCCAUAUUUACGCUUGCCUUUUCCGUGUGUGGAAGAUGGCUUGUAUCGGGAGGCAGCAUGGGUGACAUAUUGGUUUGGGAUAUAUCCAAUGGUGGUCUUACAGCAGCACUACCACCUUCUCACACUUCCCCUAUACAUGCCUUAGCAUUUAGCCGUGAUGGAACUAUUUUGUCUUCAGGUUCAUUGGACUGCAAUAUAAAACUGUGGGAUUUUGCAUUAAUAACAGAUGAAACACCUUCUGAAGAAACAGGAAGUAAUACUUCAGUUCCAAAAGAAGAAAAAUUUCUAUUACGUUCAUUUGCUACAAAAAAUUCGCCUAUAAAAAGUUUACAUUUUACACGACGCAACCUCUUACUUGGAGUGGGAACAUAUGAAGGGAGUUCUUAG